UUCAGAUUCAGUUUUAUCCGAACUGUUGGACAGCGUUUUGGCCACUAAAAUCUUAUUCAAUGUGUUCUUACCUACAAGUUUAUGUGUGCUAUCUGAGUUUAGAACGUUCUAUGGGUACUAACCCCCAUAUUUCGGCAUUCUCGUUCAGUGUGUUUUCAGAGAGUUUGAUGGAUGCUAACUGUUUUUCUAAACAGAAGAGUAAACUGUUAAUUUUUUUGCCGUAGCUACAUUAACUGAAGUCAUUGUCUUACUGUUUGUAACACCAUAUCCGUAUUGUGAUUAUAUCUAAAUCUGCCUUGUACUAUACGCUGCUCCUUUGUUUUCUUGCCAUAAACUCGAACAGUGAUCAUUCAGCUAUCAAAGUGUCAGCUUUGUGACGAUAUACUGCCCCUUGACCUUAGGGUAGUGUUGUGCUGAAAUUUGGACUUGGACAUAGUCUCUACCAGACUACAUGUAUACGCUGUAUAUGGGGAGAACAGUUUGUCAACCUAAGGGCAGUUCGCAUUUGCUCGAUCAGUGUAGGAGAAAUAUUACCCUAACAGCAUCUUACUCCCCUGACUCAUUAUUAACACUAUUUUGCCAAAUUCUAGUUUAUUCAUGACUAACCGUCACUAGCCCAUCUAACGGGGGUACUAAUCGUAGAAUUCAGUAAAAAAGGAAGAAUGAUUGUCCAGGAGAGUCAGUCCGCGGGAAGGUUAAUUUCCGCCUCUGAAAUGACCAAUUAUUUCCCCCAAUUUGUCUAAAUUUUCCUGUUUUGCGACCCACGGUGUUAGUCUGGUGGGGACUGUCCAUGACCCUUGAGGAAGGCCUGGUAGAGGCUAUUAGCGGCACGUGAUUGGUCCGUGCAAAUAUCACUGCACCUUCUUGAACUUAACGCACAUGCGCACAGCAGUCGUCGUCAAGCGUCAGUGCAAGACUCCGCUGUGAGGACUGGUAACUUUGGGUUGUUUAACAAGAAACAGAGUUAAUAAGCAGAUCAUAGGCGAACAUGGCCAGGUUCCCGUACAGCUCUGCCCGCGGUCUGGGCGGCAUGCAGAUCUUCCUGGGACUCGCAGCUAUGGGGCUGGGCGCCGGCGAUCUGGACAUAGGCCUUUCAACCAUGAGGUACCACGGUCCCGGUUUCCGUCUCUACAUGCUGGGUGCCGGCAUCUGGACAGGCUUAUUUUUCCUGAUAGCAGGCAGCCUGGCAGCUUCCAUCAGUGAGGGGAGAACUGCUGGUUGUAAGAUCGGCGCCGCCCAAACCAUGGCCCUCCUCAACACCUUCAUCUUCGCACCUGGACUGACUGGCGUCGCAACAGUCAACUUUAUCAUGGGAUCCACUGAAUGGAAUUACUCCAUGUCCCACGUGUACGAGAACACGAUCAUAUACGUCGACGUGAGUUCCCUGUUCCGUCUGAUGACUUACCUGGAUGUCUCCCUUGCCGUUGUUGGAGGCUUGGAGUUCAUCUUCUCCAUUGCAACGGCUUCUGUGUGCUGCUGUGGCGGUUCGUACGACCAGCCAGCUGCCAAUCAGAUUGUCCCUAUGCCCAUGAUGACUUUCCAACCUACCAUGCAGCAGCCUGCACCCAGGCCAUCUUACGGCUUUGCUGAAAGGCCCAGCGCCUCCGUGCCACCGGGCGUUGCCACAGGAGGCGACGGGCAGAUGGUGACCCUCCCCGCCGCCGAACUCGGCAUGCUGUACGCUAAAGCCAACAACAGCGCCGCGGAGGAGUAGGCCUUACAGACGGCCUGUUGUUCAGUGGAGUCUUAUUGCGUUUUCAGAUAGACUUCUUUCUUUUUUUUAGAAUAGUAGAGUUGUUCAAGCCUGGUAGUACAUGUAGCUCUGCUCUAGUUUGGUCCGCUCUUCAGUUGAUUGACUUCUCUGGACGUAGUGGGUGGUCCAAAGCUUUGUAGUUGUAGACAACGUUAACUAGGUACAAGCUAAUUGCUUUUGAAAAGCGUUUUGGGUACUACCUAUUGGUUUGGUGAAUUUGAUUAUGUUUUCAGAUACAAUUUUAUCCGAAGCUAGCGACUUCUGCAACACGUUUUGGGCACAAAUUCAUUCGGAAGCUGUUCGCUAUGCGUUUUUAUUCAAGUUUACGCAUGCUAACUGAUUUUAGAAUAGAAUCUAGGUACUAGUACAAGUUUUUGGCGGAUACAUUGCCCAAGCCGAUUAAUUUAGCCACCUAUGUCUCUCCUGAUGCCGUAACCGAAAUUUAAAAAAAAUGCAGUAACUGUUGCAGUUGGUCGAGUUCCAAUAUUUUAGCCUUUCAAGCACCAACGUCUUUGGACUCUCUAUCAGCAUACACUGUUUUAAAUGCGUCUGUUUUGUGUGAUGACAUU